UAUCCGAUUAAGAAUCGAUUUUAGUGAUGUCGCAAAAGAAAAAAGCGAGUCUCUCUAAAAUCCAUACUGGAAUGAAUUCCUCAUCCAAGCAAGUCCUCUCAUCAACUUCUUCAGCAAAUGAAAAAACUGAAGAUGAUGUCGGAGAUGAAAUGGAUUUUUCAUUACAAUGUGAUGCAUGCAAGAAAUUAAUCAUUGGGUUAAACAAUUUGGAUCGUUUUGAUUGUGGGCACUUCUACUGUCUGGUGUGUAGUCCACUUCAGCCAAAAGAAAACCACUCGUCUUGUGCCACUUCGACAUCUCCGUCAAAUGCUUUUACGCGUGAAGUCUCACCGCAACAAAUUGCUGAGCAUACUGGAGAAUUGUCGAAUAAUGGAGCUGAACGUGGAAAGAUUCGAGGAAGUACUCGUGCUACUCGGAAAGGAUCUGUGAACAAAUCAAAAAGUGGAAGGACUCGUCGACAUAAGAAGGUUCCGGAUCAACGUCUUUGGUACUUUUUGUACCUUUCAAAGCCAGUCGUUGUCAGCCUUCCAACGGAUGCCACUUAUCACGAUCUGAUGGCUCGACUCUACACGCUUCUUGGUGUCAGCGGUAAGACCCAUAUGAUUACUCUGAGAACUCAGAAAUCAUCGAGUGAAGAAGGCGAAGGCGAGUUUUCUGGUCGAGGUGACCCGGCUCCUCUUGAAGUCGGCGAUUCGAAAACUCGUCUCAGUGAUCUAAAGAUUACACGUCACAAGAUGCUGCUCCUGGAUGUAGAUGAUCAGAAGAAAGAUGGAAGUGGUGAGGAGAAGAAAGAGAAGAAAAGUGCGGAAAAAGAAAAGAAAAUCUCACACGAAAAUGUUCAAAGUUUGAGUCCGUCGAGUCGUGCAGAAGAUCCGAGAUCAUCUUGAAAUGUCUCCAGUGUUCCAAUAAAUCUUUGCAAUCUGAA